UUGACAUCAUCGGGAUGAGCAUUGGAUUACAGCAGGCAGGGACGGACUCGGCGGGGAGGAGAACACGCCCCUCGGCCCCAGAAGGGCAACUUCAUUUAGCAGCUCCCAGCGCAAGGAAACUGCAAGUCUGAAAGUGGCAGCGGCUCCGCGCCCGGCUGCCGGCCACACGGGGCAGAGACGCGGCCCCGGGCAGGGGAUUCGAGAGGCAGCGGGAGCCGAGGCGGCUCGCCUGGCAGGUGUGUGGAGAUGCAAUGGAGGUCGAGUCCAGCACCUACACAGACUUCAUCUCCUGCGACCGAGCGGGCCGGAGGAACGCGGUGCACGACAUCCAGCCAGACGCCAGCGCCGUCAGCAUGCGCCAGCUGACCCAGGGGCUGGGGGACCUCGCCGUGGGGGCAGCAGACAACCAAAGAGAUGCCACUUCUUCUGAGAAGGACCCUGGAGCAAGACCAAAGGGGCAGGAGAAGAGCCCCUCCCCAUGAGGGUGCCCAGGAGGUGGGGUGGGCAGGAGGAGGGCCUUGCUGGCAGCAUCAGACAAGAAUCUCUUAUUGAACCUGUGGACAAAUGCCAACCUAGAACAGCAAAUGCCUCUGCUGCAACUUCUGUUCAGAGAGCCACAGGAUGCUGUGCAAGGACUGGCACCACCAAAAGACCUCUGCUGCCAUCCCUAAGGGUUCAGGGCAGCACUGCUGUGGCUCUGCUGCGAGCAUUCUCAAGAUGCCUUAGCUGCAGCUUUCCCCUCGGGGAAGGAACAGUUUCAAGUAAUAACAGACACAUCAGGCUCCUGCCCAAGGCACCUUCUCCUCUGCAGAUCCAAACUUAUUUAUUCUGUUUCUACAGAUUACAAAUUUAGAUUCUUGGGGUUUUAAGCCUCACCCCCAUCUGCAUCUGAGGACUGGCCUGGCCUCUGGACUGUCUGUACAGCCCCUUGUCAGGGUGGGCAGAAGGGAAGGGACCUGGCCAGCCCUGCUGCCUUCAUGUCAAGCACCACUCAGUGUACUGCUGCCACUUAGCAUCAGGAAAGGACCAAAGCACAGCUCCGUGUGGAUGAGUUCCACCUGCAGCCCCAGCCCCAGGCAGCAGUUUCUUUGGGUUUUAGCAUUUUAAGAUCUUCUUAAAGGGAGAGGAGAAACAUUUUGCUGAUUUGACUGUUGAAAUUCAGGCUUAGCUCUGCAAGCUGUUAGCUGAGAUGAUCUCUGGUAGCAUCUCACACCGUUUUCCCUUUCAGCAGACAUGUUUUGUCUUAAAGAUGGUUUGAUAGAACUGCAUAAGCUGUUGGAAUAAACAAGCAGUCCUGGA